UCAAAGUAACCUCAAAAUAAAUGCGAUUCAAAUAAAGCACGCAACUGCAGCAGUGUUCUGAUUUGAAUAUUUAACUUCGAACACGAUAGAUAUAGUAAGGAAAAUGGCAUCAAACAAAUUGGAUGAUUCAGCGAGCAUCGCAGGAUGCAGUCAAAAUAAAAGUUCCGACGAAAGUCAAGCACAAUCGUUCGAAAUAAAUUCUCGUCCGAUUUGUUUGAUUGUACUUGGGAUGGCCGGUAGUGGUAAGACAUCCUUUGUAAGGCGCCUAACACAACUGGGAAAUCUACAAAAUAUGAAGCCGUACGUCAUUAAUUUGGAUCCUGCAUGUCAAGAAGUGCCUUACCAUGCCAACAUUGAUAUUCGUGACACUGUCAAUUACAAAGAAGUCAUGAAACAAUAUCAGCUGGGACCAAACGGUGGCAUCGUAACUACUCUUAAUCUGUUCUCAACAAAGUUUGGUCAAGUGGUUGAUCUGGUAAAGAAAGCAGGAACCGAACACAAGUACUGUGUGAUUGAUACGCCAGGCCAAAUUGAAGUGUUCACAUGGUCUGCAUCUGGUACUAUAAUCACGGAAGCUCUAGCAACAUCUUUUCCAACUGUUGUCGUUUACGUAAUGGACGUUCCGCGGUCGAAAUGCCCAACGACAUUCAUGUCCAAUAUGCUUUAUGCCUGCUCCAUUUUGUAUAAAGCCCGAUUGCCCUUCAUUGUUGUCAUGAACAAGAUUGAUAUUGAAGAUCAUUUGUUCGCAUUGGAAUGGAUGCAGGACUUUGAAGCAUUCCAAGAAGCACUUGAAUCCGAACAGACAUAUGUAAGCAAUUUGACGCGCACCAUGUCACUAACACUGGACGAAUUUUAUAGAGAUUUAAAAUGCUGCGGCGUAUCAGCGAAAACCGGCGCUGGUUUCGGGAAAUUUUUCGAUUUGGUAGAAGAAGGAGCCAAAGAGUAUGAAGCCGACUACAAAGCUGAAUAUGAAAAGUUGCGACACAAAAAAUUGGCCGAAGAACAAAAAACCGCUGAACAGAGGCUGGACGAAAUAAAGAAAAAGACUAAGGUUGGCUCAGAAAUACCGAUGGCAAGUUUCAUAACAGAAGUAUCAUCUGGUCGAGACCUCACCGAUAUUUAUCUAAAACAUCCGGCAAACGAAAGCUCCGAAGACGAAGAUGGCACGGAGGAAGUUAUUGCAAAUGGUGAUACGGAGAAAGAAGAAGAAUGUUUCAAUCAGUUUAUGACGGAACAAAUAAAAAAACAGAAAGAAAAAAUCAAAAUGUCUUCGGUAACGGAGAAAUCAUAAUCCGCGCAAAUGACAAAUUACUCUAUUUUUCUGUAUAAAAUUUAAUGUAUAAUUUUCUUUUUAAUAAAAAAAAAAAAAUGGAAAAUGAAAAAA